GUUCUUCCAAAGCUGCGCCAUAUUAAAAAAAACUCUGAAAUAUUUUAUCGGUUUUUCGGUUGGUUCGAAGAUUUUAAUUUGCAUCGAGUAAUUGAAGUGAAUUAUGGGUAACGGAGAAGACGCGAGUGCCUUUGACGUUUGCGAACCAUAUUGAAAGGCAUUUGGAGAAGUUUCGUUGUCAAAGAGAGAUCGAGCGUCUUCCGGUGAGAAAAUGGUAUCGAGGCGGAAGAUUCUGUCUCGAUCGAGGGACAACCUCGUCGAAUCACAGUACGAGGAUCAAGACGAGGAGGACGUGUGGUACAAUCUCGAUAAACUCCAUAAGGAUCACAUUCAAGAAGUAUUGGACAAAUGGAAUCAGAUAGACGACGAAAUUUGGGCAAAGGUGAUCGUUUUCGAAAGGAAUCGGAGGGUGGCGAAAGCAUACGCCAGAGCACCGGUUCUCACGAUUAACGGUUCCAACGAUGGAUUCGACGGUUUCAGGAUAGGAUUGUGCGGUUUCGAGAAUCCGAUGAGGGACGUGACGACGGAGGAGGCGAAGAAGCACAUAAACCAAGGUGUAAAAAUCAAGAUGGACGAGCAGGGGAAUAUAUUAAUAAAAAGGCUGUGUAAAAAUAACGUUUACAUAAAGCCGACGAGUCGGGAAGACAACGCAAUUGGAGCAGAAAUCGCGCUGAAUUCUCAAGGAGCGUUAGAACACGAGAAGCCAGGGAAAGUGUUCGACAUGAACAAAUUUCAAACGAACCUUUCCCGAGAAACUCGAAGAGCCUACCCCGACAGAAGAAGACUGGAAAUGCAAUGUUUGAGCGCUAUAGUUUUCGUCAGAACCGAGGCGGAUCUACUUCAGUGUCCCGUUUGGGUUCUCAUUGUAAAUGUCGUUGGUCUAGACAUGUUAAAGUCCAAGUUACCACCAGUUUUAGCGCUACAAAGGCCGGUGGAUAUUAAGAAUCGACCUAGGAUACCGAUCCCCGACGAAGAUCCUUACAGCGUGGCAGGAGUUUCGUCCUCCAUCGGAGUAUCCGAGGCGUUCCACCAAGAUCGAGAAACUCGGGAACAGAUCUACGCUCAAUCGACGAGCUGUAGACAAAGAAGAGCCGAGAGACCGCCAAAACUACCGCCGAGGGAGAAUCUCUACGGCCACGAUAUACCUAAGCCCGAUUAUGACGACAUAGAAGACGACUAUGCCAGGAAACCGGUCAUAAUCAACGAGGAGAAGAGAAGGAACGACGACAAGAAGAAAUACGACGAUCCGUAUUAUUGCGGAUUACGGGCCCGUGUUCCAAACUUCGUGAAGAUGGCGAAAAACAGUAAAGUCUCGUCGAGAGGUUAUAUAAAACCGCCCCAAGCACCUACAUACGUUGCUACAGGUUACGCUAGCAGCCAAUCGUCUCAAAUUUACGGCCAUUUACCAGGGAAUCGACCGCCGAUUAUGUAUCAUGCGAGAAGCUUCGAAAGCGGACUUGACUCGGAUGGUAGAAACGAGUCGCCGUAUAAUCAUAUAUACGGAAGGUUUCCGAUACCGACUAGAGGUGUACUUCCUCCUGCGCCUAGGGCAAUGUACAUCGGAGAGUGGGAUUAAAAAUAAAAAAGAGUUAACCAGAUGGAAGUUAGCGUAUAAAUCGAACGAACAAUAAAAGGUUCGAGAAACGAAAUAAAAGGGGCCGCAUCGUACGGUGUAGCACCGUUUGAUGAUCAAUAUAACAAAAGAUAACAAGAUAUAAUGGAAUUUAAAGAGGAACAACAGAAGGCAAUCGCGUCGUAAGAACCGGAGGAUGUUCUGUCUUAGGAUCAAAAGCGAAAUGCAACGAAGACUAUGCGUAAGAAGGUAAUAAUUAAGAAGCAGAAAGAACUAAAGCAGGAGAGCAGAAGAAAUAGAAAAAAGGGAGAACUAAUCUUCCGUUUGUACCUAUAAACUGUAUAUUGUUAAUGUACUACAUAAAAUACUCAAAUUUUUAUUGCAAUAAAAUUG